CCGAAAUACCGCAAUUUACGCGUCAUCUCAGCAGCAAAGAAGUAAGUGUAGGAGAAAAGGUUGUCCUGGAAUGUGCCGUGAAAGGGUCCCCGCAACCAACUGUACAGUUCUUUCAAGAAUCCACCCGAAUCACGUCCAAUUCACAUUACUCCGUUGAACACGAUGUUUCCAAUGUCCACUGGCGUGUAGUUAUUGAGAAAACCGAUGAAUCGGACUUCACAAAGUACCGAGCACUUGCAAUUAAUGCAGUCGGUACGGCUGAAUCGGAAGCAGAGAUUAAGCACAAGAAGGUGGACCGGAAACCGAUAUUCGAUGAGGGUCUGAAGAGCCGAAAAGUUACGGAAGGUGAUGAAAUUGUGCUGGAAGUGAAAUUUUCCGGUGUUCCGCAACCGGAAGUCAAAUGGUUCAAAGACAGCCAAGAAAUUGUGGAUGAAAUGGAAAAAGUUACGGUUAAAGUGGAAGGCAAUCGGUCAGUCUUAACCAUCCAGAAUGCGAAACUAGAGGAAUCCGGUCGCUAUUCGGUUGAAAUCGUAAAUUCGGAAGGCAAGGAGACAUCUUCUGCAGACGUUACAGUAGAAGUAGUAGCAAAAGCGCCGGAAUUCACUGAAAAAUUAUUGGAUGUUGAAAUUAAGGAACUGGAAACGGUAGAACUAAAGGUUACAGCUACUGGCGUACCGACGCCCGAGAUUUCCUGGUACAAAGAUGGCGUCCCAAUUCAGGUCGAUUCUGAACGAAUCUUAGUCAAAGAAGGUGAAGCGGGACAACAUAUUUUAAUAGUGAAGCAGGCUCGCUUGGAAGAUGCUGGUAGUUAUUCCUGCAAAGCAACCAAUAAGGUUGGGGCUGAUGAAACAAAAGCACAGUUUGCGGUGCAAGAAGUCCUGGAAGCACCACAGUUUACAGAUCAACUGUCGGAGCUUAAAGUGACGGAAACCGAAACAGCUGAACUAUCUGUAACUGUAACUGGAAAACCGGAACCGGAAGUCCUGUGGGCAAAGGAUGGAAUUCCGGUCAACAUUGAUAAUGUUCAUAUUGCGACGAAAAAAGAUGAGCAUGGGCAUUAUUCAUUGAUAAUAAAGGAUGCAAGACUGGAAGAUGCUGGUGUCUAUUCCUGCAAAGCUACCAGUCGAGCUGGUGAAGCAGAAAGCAAAGCUCAGUUUGCGGUUGAGCAAACCGUCACAGAAGUUCCAGAAUUUCUGGAAGGCUUGCAAGAACUUUCGGUUCAGGAGCAUGAAACCGCCGAGCUGUCAGUGUCAGUGGUUGGAAAACCUGUUCCUCAGGUGGCAUGGUUCAAAGACGGUAUGCCGGUAAACAUCGAUAAUAGCCAUAUUUUGGAAUGUACCGAUGAAACAGGUCAUUUCACGUUGGUUAUUAAGGAUGCUCGAGCUCAGGAUGUUGGUGCAUAUUCGUGCAAAGCAACCAAUAUUGCCGGAAGUGUUGAAACACGUAUGAAUUUCGCUGUCGAAACAGUUGUGGAAGCACCGCAAUUUACCGAUAAACUACAGGAUGUGACUGUAACAGAGACGGAAACAGCUGAAAUUUCAGUAACAGUUACAGGAAAACCAGAACCGGAAGUAAAAUGGUUCAAAGAUGAUAUGCCGGUAAACAUUGAUCAAGUCCACAUUGCUGCGAAACAAGAUGAAACCGGAACUCAUACGUUGAUUAUCAAAGAAGCGCGUCUGGAGGAUGCUGGAAUCUACUCCUGUAUAGCAACAAACGUAGCUGGGCAGGCUGAACAGAAAGCCAAAUUUGCUGUAGAAACGGAAGUUGAAGUACCGCAGUUUGUUGAAGGACUGAAGGAAAUUUCAGUACAAGAACAGGAAACCGCCGAAUUAUCAGUGACUGUAGCCGGAAAACCAGAGCCACAAGUGCAGUGGUUCAAGAAUGGUAUCCCAGUCAACAUUGAUAACAGCCACUUUAUUGUAAAACGAGAUGUAUCUGGCCAAAACACUUUGAUUAUCAAGGAAGCGCAUCUAGAAGACAUCGGUACUUACUCGUGUAAAGCCACCAAUCAGGCUGGAAUUGCCGAAAGCGAAGCUAAGUUUGCUGUUGAAUGCGUCACAGAGGCACCCAAGUUCACAGAGGGUCUUCAGGAAUUAUCGGUCCAGGAGGCUGAAACAGCACAACUCUCAGUAACUGUGGUUGGAAAACCGGAACCAGAGGUGGCUUGGUUCAAAGAUGGUAUUCCAGUUAACAUCGAUAACGAGCAUAUUUUGUCGAAAAAAGAUGAAAAAGGGCAGUAUACUUUAGUUAUCAAGGAAGCACGAAUGGAAGAUGUUGGUAUUUACACUUGUAAAGCAACAAAUCAAGCUGGAACCGCCGAAAGCGAAGCUAAAUUUGCUGUUGAAUGUGUCACUGAAACACCAACGUUCUUGGAAGGCCUACAGGAAUUAUCCGUUCAGGAAGCUGAAACCGCAAAACUUUCGGUAACUGUGACUGGUAAACCGGAACCUGAAAUUGCUUGGUUCAAAGAUGGUGUCCCGAUUAAUAUUGAUAAUGAACACAUUUUGUCGAGAAAAGAUGAGGAAGGUCAUUAUACAUUAACAAUCAAGAAUGCUCACCUGGAAGACGUUGGUACUUACUCAUGCAAAGCCACGAACCUGGCUGGAACCGCUGAAAGUGAAGCUAAGUUCGCUGUUGAA